UAUUUAUUUACUCACCGAGCACCGCACCAAAUUUUACCAUUUUAGAUUUUUCGUAGUUUUUCACAAAAUUUAGGUCCAGGAAUCACCGCGAGUACAACGAAAUGUCGUCCAAAACGGAGUUUGAGCAGUGUGUGCAAGUAAUUAAAGACCACGUGGGUAAAUUUCCGGACUUUCCGAAGAAAGGAAUUGUGUUUCGCGACAUCUUUACCGCAAUGACCCACGGUCCCGUUUGCCAAGCUCUAAAACGCGCCGUAAUUCUUCACGUGCAAGAAACUUGUCCCGAUAUCGAUGUAGUUGUAGGUUUAGAUGCACGUGGCUUCCUUUUUAGUCUCCUAAUAGCCUCGGAACUGGGAAUCGGGUGCGUUCCAGUGCGAAAAAAGGGAAAACUCCCUGGCGAAUGUUACAAGUUUGAAUAUGUCCUUGAAUAUGGAACAGAUACGUUCGAAAUGCAAAAAGACAGCAUCAAGCCGGGACAAAAAGUUUUGCUGGUAGACGAUUUGCUCGCGACGGGCGGCUCUCUCAAUGCAGCGGCGAAUUUGGUGCGACAAGCGCAAGGAAAUGUCGUUGAAGCGUUGGUAAUUAUGGAAUUGACAGAAUUGAAAGGCAGGGAAAAGAUUAAAGGAAUUGAGGUUCAUUCUCUGAUCCAGUACGACGAUUAACGGCGUUGCAUUUAAAGAACAUUCCGACAAAAAAAUGACACAAAACACGAACAAAUGCUCUCACUAAAAUUCGAAUAUGAAAAGUUAUGCAAUAAAAGUUUAUUUUGAAAUUGUUACAAAA